AUUUCAAUAGUGAAGCGAUUUUCAGUGAGUCAAGAUGAAGGAACGUGAGAAGCAAAAGUGGACGUACCAUCCCAUGACGGAUGGCGUGAAGUGGACAGAAUACUGUGCAGAGACACUUGACAAGAUCUGGAACCGAAUUCCCAAUUUUCUGGGACAUUUUAUAGCUACAUUGGCUAUUUUUGCAUUUGGAGCUACGCUAAAAGGUGAAUGGAUUCUCAUAAUGGUGCAUUUCUUGAGACAAAUGGGAAAAUCUGUGUACACGGGGGAUUUUGAGGGUCUGGAGGAGAGCCAGGAAAAUCUCACAUUUCCUAUCAGUUGGGACGAUUUGACGCUAGAGAGAUUUCAUCUACAGAAUUGGCCGUAUUUCUGGCUAUCCUCAGCUAUUGGAUCCUACGCGAUGUAUUUCCUAAUUGGAGGAUUCAUUCACUGGUACUUUUAUGUGAGGAGACGCCACAAGGCUCAUGAAUGGAAGAUACAACCUGAUAAAUUCCUCCCGCCAAAUUUGGAACUCGAUGAAAUCUUUUGGGGAAGCCUAUCUUUGCUGAUCUGUUCAGCAAUUACUGGGACUCUAGCUUGUUAUGCUUCAAAUGAUGGGCCUUUGAUGAAAAUCUACUACCAGUGGGAUCAGUAUGGCUGGUGGUGGCUCAUUCUACAAUUUCCUGCAAUUUUUAUCUACCAAGAUUACGCUACCUACUGGCUACAUAGGAUUUAUCACUUUCCCUGGCUUUACAAGAAAUUCCACAAGCUCCAUCAUCAGUACAAACAGCCAACAGCCUUCUCAGUCACUGCAAUUCAUCCAGUGGAGAUUGUUCACAUUCAACUAACCUUGCUAAUGCCCAUCUUUCUCAUUCCUCUUCAUUGGGCUCCAUUCUACACUGUAGUCCUUUACUCCUAUUACCACGCAAUCCUGGAUCAUUCCGGUGUGGCUUUCAAAGCUUUCUGGUGGCAACCAUGGCAGCCAGACGCCUCCUUCCAUGAUAACCAUCAUCAGUAUUUCCACGUGAAUUUCGGUUUCAAUAUAAAGUAUUGGGAUAGAAUUCAUGGGACUCAGAGAAGAAAGGAUCGUGUGUAUACUGAAGAUACCUUCUAUGGCGUAGGGAAAGGCUUUCAGGAAGUGUCUGAAGAUGUUCUUAUGAAUGACUUACGAGAACGUGAAUCAGAAAAUCCGCUCGCCUACAAGGACAAUAAGAAUGAAUUUGUACUUACCAAUAAAGAACUACAGAAUAAGAAGCUAAAGAAAAAAUGAUACACUGAAGAAUUAUACUACACUUAUUUUAAAUUUUGUAAAUAAAUUUAAUUAUGGUUACUCAAA